GUUAAUGGGUUAAUGUGUAAAUAAAAACAAACUUUCUAAAUUCAUAAAAAAUUUUUUUUUUUAAGAUAAACAAUAGGUACAUUUAGAAGUGUAGAAAUAUUUCAAACUUGCAAUGAAUUGCAUUAUUGCAUCUCUAAGGAGACUCACAGUACGUGGGAAACCAAAAUUACUGCAAUGUAAUCCAAAACGGACAAUUUUUAUGCGAGCCCUUUCACAAAGUGUGGUUACGGCGAAUACUGAAAUGAAAACAAGUAAAAAUGAUUUUCCUCAUAAAAUGAAAAUGCGUGGGUGGCAUAUUCAUUCGUACGGAGAUUUGGACGAAUUAACCUACAGCGACAACAUCAGAAUACCGCAAAUUAAGCAUGCAACGGAAGUUUUGAUUCGCAUCAAAGCUGUUUCCGUGAAUCCAAUUGAUGUUGCCAUUAUUGGUGGAUAUGGAGCAACUCUCCUUAACGUCAUGCGUAUGACUGAUAUAGAAUUUCCUCUAAUCGUCGGGAGGGACUUUGUCGGUGAGAUCAUAUACCGGGGAAUUGGUGUUCCGAAAAAUCUUAAACUCGGCGAUACGGUUUGGGGUGUUAUCGCACCUCAUAGUUCAGGAUGUCACUGCGAGUAUGUUGUACAAGAUUCAUCAUUGAUAACACAUAAGCCGCAUUCGCUUAGCAAUAUUGAAGCAAGUGGAAUUCUAUAUUGUGGCCUAACAGCAUGGUCUGGCUUGUUUCUGUCUGGAAAUCUCGGGAAUGAAUGCCGUACCCUGCGGCAGCAGCAAUAUCCCAAUGAGAAGCGUGUUCUUAUCUUGGGUGCUUCUGGUGGUGUGGGAACCAUGGCUGUACAAAUUGCAAAAAAUGAGAAAGCCACGGUUUUUGCAACUGCUGCCAGUGAUGCCACCGAAAUGCUAUCACAUUUGGGUGCUGAUUGUGUGAUUGACUACAAAAAUGAGAAUUUCCUCAAAGAGAUUCACAGCAACGGACCCUAUGACAUAAUUCUCGACUGUGCCGGAUACGGCCCGAAAUUUGUCUCCAAGAUUGAGUGUGACUUUGGAAGUUAUGUAACAUUCAGUUCACCACUUCUGAGGAACAUUGACACAUAUGGAUUUGUUAGUGGUAACAUCCAGAAUGCCAUGUCAUUGAUUGAGGAUAACAGCCUUACCAUAUCCAAAAAGGGACGUGGAUUUGUUAAAUGGGGAUAUUUUGUUGCAAUGCAAAGAGGAAUUGAGUAUUUGAAGAAAAUGGCUGAUCAAGGAAAGCUCAAAUGUGUUAUUGAUUCAGUAUAUGGAUUUGAUAAUGCAAUGGAAGCUUAUCAGAAGGUUAAAGAUGGUCACUUAAGAGGAAAAAUUAUUAUGGACUUAUCUUAAAUACCACAAAUCUAAAAAAAAAGAGGAGUAAAAUCACCAUAAAAUGGAAUCUUCAUCUACCUCACAACAUAAACCGAGCAAGAAUUUUUGCAGUUUCUGGUGUUCUAAUAAGGCACCAUUCCAUCUCGAAGAAAUCGACAACGAAAGAAGAAAA